AAUAACCUACCCUACCGCAUUCAUACAUGCGGCAAUUUAAAAGUGUUUUCUUUCUCAAUUUCUUUAGACGUGUCACUUGUGUCCCGGCAAUAUGGUUCUCGAUUUAGACUUAUUUCGUGCCGAUAAGGAUGGUGAUCCAGACAAGAUCCGAGAAAACCAACGCAAACGCUUUAAAGAUGUAGCUUUAGUGGACACAGUAGUGGAACAAGAUACACUUUGGAGACGAUUGCGCCAUGAAGCUGACAACUUGAAUAAGCUAAAAAAUGUAUGCAGUAAAGAGAUUGGGCUAAAGAUGAAGAAUAAGGAGCCAGUGGGUUCCGAAGACCAGGAAGUGCCUGCAGAUGUUGCUGGUAACCUAGCCACGUUGACUGGUGAUCAGCUGAAGCCUUUAACUGUUAACCAAAUAAAAAAGGUAAGAUUGUUAAUAGAUGAGGCAAUAACAAAAAAUGAACAAGGGCUAAUUACAGCCGAAAAAACUCGCUCUGCUGCACUGCGGGAAGUGGGAAACCACCUCCACUCCUCUGUCCCAGUAGAUGAUGAUGAGGACCACAACUUGGUAGAGAGGACAUACGGGGACUGCACUGUGAGGACCAAGUACUCUCAUGUGGAUCUUAUUUGUAUGAUUGAUGGUAUGGAUGGCGAUAGGGGUGCUGCAGUAGCAGGUGGUCGUGGUUAUUACCUGAAGGGCCCAGCUGUGUUCUUGGAACAAGCUCUAGUACAGCUCUCACUGCGGAUAUUGUUAAAGAAAGGAUACACUCCGCUAUAUACACCCUUCUUUAUGAGAAAGGAGGUGAUGCAAGAAGUAGCGCAAUUAGCACAAUUUGAUGAGGAGUUAUACAAGGUGGUAGGCAAAGGCUCCGAAAACAAAGGGGAUGUGGCAGUAGAGGAAAAAUAUUUGAUUGCAACCUCUGAACAACCAAUUGCUGCUUACCACAGGGACGAGUGGUUGCCGGAAGCAUCUUUACCCAUUAGGUAUGCGGGAUUAUCAACGUGUUUCCGACAAGAAGUAGGUUCUCAUGGUCGUGAUACGCGCGGCAUCUUCAGGGUACACCAGUUCGAGAAGGUGGAACAGUUCGUGCUGACCUCUCCGCACGAUGACGCCUCCUGGAAAAUGAUGGACGAGAUGAUCGGUAACGCUGAGGAGUUUUGUAAGAUUCUCGGCAUCCCAUACCGCAUCGUAAACAUAGUGUCUGGAGCCCUAAACCAUGCUGCAGCGAAAAAGCUCGACUUGGAGGCAUGGUUCCCUGGAUCUGGUGCAUUCCGCGAGCUGGUCUCCUGUAGCAAUUGUCUAGAGUAUCAAGCUAGGAGGUUGCUAGUAAGAUAUGGUCAGACAAAGAAGAUGAAUGCGGCUACUGAAUAUGUGCACAUGUUGAACGCGACCAUGUGUGCUACCACGCGUGUUAUUUGCGCUUUACUCGAAGUCAAUCAGACGGAAGAAGGAAUUAAGGUUCCUGAAGCUUUGAAACCUUGGAUGCCAGAGCAGUACCAAGAGCUUAUACCUUUCGUCAAGCCAGCACCAAUCGACUUGGAAGCGGCCGCCGCAGCCAAGAAGGGCAAGAAACAAAAAUAAAUAAAUACAAUCUCACGCCAUAUUGUCAUUCCUGCGUAAUUUAUUUAUAUGCUUGUCUUAAAUUUUAUAUUUUAUUAAAUGAAUGACAAGGUUA